AUGUCUGUCUCUGCUAGCGUGGGCGAGAUGCCUUUGCUGGACCCGAAGGACUUGCAUUUGAGCGAAGAUGUCUAUACGACGUUCAUCGUGUCUGACUGGCUUACAUAUGAGCAUUUGAAAGAAACGUUGGUGGGCGCAGAGGACAUACUCAAGCACAUUGGUGUGGUUGAGAUGGUUGGCUAUGAGGCCUAUAUUGUUGAGCAAUGGAUCACAAAGCGGUUGAAUCGAAACACCAUUGUCACAUACACAGGCGACUCCAACGAUAUGAUUGUUUGUCAUAAGGUUCAGAUUCUGAACGACCCUUUGCGAUGGCCCCGCUCGUUCCAGCAGUAUGUGGCUGAUUUGCUCGAAUCGAAACAUUCUUCCCCCACCGAGACCGAUCAAGGUAUUAUUCACAUCACCAACCUCUCGCAGCUGGAGUCCUCGCUCACUUUGAUCCCGCUUCCUCGAGGCGAUAUCAGAGAAAUGUACUCGUUAUUUGUGGUGAACUACAACUUGAAGAAACUGGGAUGCGGAACAAGAAGCGCCAUGGUGAUCCGUCAACCAACAAAGGCUGUUGAGGAGAAGUUCAGAAACAUUUUCCAGGUCCCUACAGAAGUUUCGCUUUCGUACGCGGUGCGGGAGAUCAUUGUGGUAGUACAGACGUUUUUAUUUUUCUACGAUCUGAUCGAUGCCAAUCUAUGUGACGGUUUGUUUUGCGAAAAGACCGAAGAGGCUAUCACAAACUGGUGGAAACUCAUCGACCAGUUGCCCGAAUGCCAAGAGAAAUUGCGGUUUCCAACAGGAGCCUCUUUUUCUUCGUCCAUUCUGUCGAUUCUUGGUUUUACACUGGUUGUCAAAUCCAUCUUGGAAAUGGCCGGUAACAACAUCAACGUUCCAAAAGAUCCUUUGGACCACGAGAAGUUUCGCGUAGCACUGAUCCAGUUCCAAAAAGCAUACAAGCUCAAGACAGGAGGAGGCAAGAACGACGGAUAUUCAGGGAAGCUGGAUUUGCUGACUUUGACAAAACUGAUGGAAAUCAACCUUUCAGCGCGUUCGAACCAGACUUUUGCCAAAGACCUGAACAAGAUGAGAAAACUGGUGAAAAACACAGUGAUUGACUUCACUUCGGGGAAAACCUUGCAAACGCUAAAACUGUCUGCUCCCGCAAAUAAAAAGCCGCUCAAAGACCAGGACAUGGCAUCCGACACUAGAAUCUCGAAUUGUCAGGACAUUGAGCAGAUUGUCCAGCUCGCACAUGGAAAGAGGCUCAACCAUUUGUGGAAGAAUAAAGGGUACGAGCCGGACGUUGAUAAAACUAGUCUGGCAAGCAUUGCCAAGCACCAUAACCGACAGAGCAGCUACCCGUAUGGAGCAUCGUCUAUAUACGACGACUCAGGCAUGGAGUCCGACCCAAAUACCACGUCAUCUAGUGGAAAAGCGCUUGGACCGUCGCUAAUGUCGUUGGGACCAUUGGCUUCGGACAGAAAUAGACAAUACGAAGAGCCUCUGCGUAAGCAGAAAUCCAAGAGACUGAUCAUCGGUGGCAGUUUCCAGGACAGCGAGAUUCCUUCUGCGAUGAGCUCGCAGGUGAACCCAUACUAUGGUGAUAGUGCCGAACAGGAUGAUGUCCAGAUAGGUCUGUUCAACUGCAGAUUGACCAGAAGGCACUCGAUUCCGUCGGUGAAUAAGGAAAUGAACGUUCACACCAUAGAACUGCUUUCCUCUGACCAGCAGAUUGGAAACGAGAUCCUCCAUUCGCAGACUCCGGUACAAUCAAGAGCGCUAAGAUUGAAACGGAGCAGCUCGUUUUCUCUGGUGGAAGACUCUUUAACGGCAGGAAUAGACGAGUUCACCACCAAGGACGUGGUUUCUAUCGAAUGUCUUGCUGUCGAGUAUUUGAAGCUCUUGAGCAAGUACAAACUGGACAUUGUGAACGGAGCUAACGAUUUCAAACAGUAUGUCUAUGAGUCCAAGAUGCAACUUGUUGAGAAAUUGAAGCUUUCGAAAUACGCCGUUGCAUUCGAAUCGUCCAAGAAUGACUACUCCAAGCUGGCAAAACGCUCGCACGAGGUGAACGACAAGCUUGUGAAGAACUAUAAGAUUAAUGCGAGACUAAAGUAUGAACUGCGGUUGUUGUUGCAAAAGACCAAAGAAGUGGAGACGAGUUUGAAAAACCUGAACGAUUUCAAAAUGAACGUUCUGGAACACGACAUCCAAGAGCUCGCCGCAACACAGGAAGCUUCGCCGAAAGUUCGGGUGGAAAGGCCGCAGAAGAUUAGUUUCUCGGCUAUCUUGGAUCGCCCGCAACUACUCCUGUUUGUGGUGAUCAGCUAUUUGAAUGCACUAUGGCAUUAUCUGUUCCAUCAGGUGGACAACACGCGGAUUGAGGAGCAGUGGAAACUGAUCGACCGUAACAGACGUGUGUCGCAUUUCCUUGAGAAGUAUUAUAGCGAGCAGGACGAGUUGGAGACCAAAACCAAAUGA